AUGACUGGACUGGCCAUGACCAUCCCCGUCCGAACACCUGUCAGGGAGGACGACGACUUCCAUUUGCAUCUGGAGCUGUGGAACGCUUGUGGGAGUCGACUUUGCAGUUCGAAAGCACCGUAUUCGUUGACCAUAAUGUGCGACCCAGAGAUCCCUCUGCUGACCAGCAGCGAAGACGACCUUGGGCCAGUGUGGACCAGCGAGGAUGAAGAGAGCGAAGAGUCACAAACCGAAGCCAGCGACGAUGAACCCCCAUACGAAGUCCUCAACCGGGCGGAAGAGGAUCUGCCGUCAGCAGCACGACUGAAGGAGAAGCCAGAACUCGCCCAUCAUCUGCAGAAUGACAGCUCGAUCCUCACACUCGCGGUUGGCAGUCGGUAUGUCUAUGCUGGAACACAGGAUGGAGAGAUUGUGGUGUGGUCUUUAGCUUCAUUUGAGCUGGUGGCUCGCAUUCAGGCACAUACUCGUGCCGUCCUCUGUCUCUUCCUCUCUGCAGACGGUAGCCUCCUCUUCUCGAGUGCGGGCGAUGCAAUCGUUAAUGCUUGGUGCCCGGAAAACCUAAAACGACUCUAUCAUAUAUACAGUACCUACGAUGUUGGAGAUGUGUUUAGUGUUGCAUAUUCGUCACAGUUCAAGACAGUGUAUAUGGGAGCGCAGAAUACCAGCAUACAAUGGGUCAGCCUGGACGAAUCGACAACGAGACCUUCUCCAGAUCCAGAAGCCCACCCAGAUGCCCGAAUCCAUAAAUUUUUCGACUCAAUUGCCAAAGGAGGAACCUCUACGCCAAGACCUCAGAACAAUCGAACGGGAUCCAAUGAUGGCGUGGUGUUGGAGAUAGACAAGGCACACAUGAUGCAUUAUGCUCAUUUUGGAUAUGUUUAUUGUAUGCUCUUGGUUCGCGGUGUCACUCGACUGGUUGAAGCGGACGAAGAUGUACUGGUAUCCGGCGGUGGAGAUGGUACAAUCAAGAUCUGGAAGCUGUCCCACGACCAAAGUCAAGGCAUUAAGGAAGUUGCUUGUCUAGGGGAUGAUGAUGCAGAAUCUGUACUGUCCAUGGCUGUGGAUGGUUCGUUUCUGUACAGCAGCAAACUUGAGGGAGUUAUUGAGCUCUGGGAUUUGGAUACCAAGCAGAAGCUUCGGGUUAUUAGAGCACACAAAGGAGAUGUUAUGACUCUGCAGAUGGGCUGGGGACAUUUGUUUAGUGCUGGAUCCACUGGCUAUGCCAGAAAGUACAGCACUGUGCAAUAUGGCAAAUACCAGUCCUCUACCUCCUUCAGCCAAAACUACCACUGCGUCAAUCGAUGGAAAGCUCACGAAGGAAGAAUAUUAGCUUCUGCACUCACAACCUUCAAUGGACAACAAUUCUAUAUCACGGGAGCGAAUGACAAUUCGGUCUCUGUAUGGAACGUAACAGGCUGUGAUGCUGGAAAUUCUGGCAAAUCUGACGUGCCGGAGAACCAGUUGAUCAAGUCUCUUCAAGAAUUUGUGUCCUUUAAGACCAUUUCCUCUAGAGCAGAUCAUGCUGAGGAUUGUCGUCGGGGAGCUACUUUCCUUCGAACUCUGUUCAAAAAGCAUGGCGCCCAAACCGAGAUGCUGAAUACCGACAAUCGCCACAACCCCGUUGUUUAUGCCCGGUUCAAAGGGAACCCUUCAACUACGGGCGAGAGAAAGAAGAUUCUGUUCUAUGGUCAUUAUGAUGUUGUUCCUGCAGACAACAAGCAGAACAAAUGGAUAAUUGAUCCGUUUGAAAUGAAAGGCAUCAAUGGUUAUCUCUACGGCCGAGGUGUGACUGACAACAAGGGGCCUAUCAUGGCUGCUCUAUAUGGAGUAGUGGAUCUUGUCCAUGAGAAGGCACUUGAGUCCGAUAUCAUUUUCCUCAUCGAGGGCGAAGAAGAGUCUGGCUCACGAGGCUUCAAGGACGCCGUUCGACGACACAAGGAGUUAAUCGGCGAUAUUGACUACAUCGUUCUCGCCAACAGUUAUUGGCUUGAUGACGAUGUUCCAUGCUUGACCUAUGGUCUGAGGGGAGUUCUCCAUGCUACUGUCAAGGUUGACAGCAACCAUCCAGAUGUGCACAGUGGUGUUGACGGAAGUUUCAUGAUGGACGAGCCCCUUUUUGACUUAACGUCGAUCCUGGCAAAACUCAAGGGACUUCACAAUCGUGUUGAGAUUCCUGGAUUCUACGAUGAUAUCUUGCCUCUGACUGCGGUUGAAGAGGCUCGCUACGACGACAUUACAGAAACAUUGAUCCGCCGCAAUCCCGAAAAUGGACCUCCAGAGACACUGAAGGCUUCUUUGAUGGCAAGAUGGCGAGAACCUAACUUGACUGUUCAUCGUUAUAAAGUCUCAGGGCCAGAUGGUUCUCUAGUAUCAUCCCAUGCCAGCGCCGCCAUCUCGCUUCGCCUUGUUCCAAACCAAGAAGUCGAUGAUAUCAUUAAAUCGCUCACGGAAUUCCUGAAUGAUGCUUUCGCAAAGCUCGAUACCCAUAACCACCUCUCAAUUACCAUUGACAACCAAGCCGAUGCCUGGCUCGGUGAUCCAGACAAUGACAUUUUCCAAACCCUUGAGAAAGCUAUCAUGGAUGUCUGGGGGCCAAUCGGCGAGACUCGUCGGUCAAGUGUACCAGGUCCUAGACCAAGGAUCCAAGCCAAGAAACCCGCAACCCCCAGCAUGAGCCCAAGCCUGAAGCCUACACCCGCGACGACGACGACUCUAACCAACGGAAGCGACCAUACUUCCCUUGCCGCCACAACAGCAAUCGACUCCGAGACUCCACUGUCUCCCGUUUCAUUAGACGGUAACAGCACCAAGCGCAAAGGACGCAAGCCUCUCUACAUCCGUGAGGGAGGCAGUAUCCCUAGCAUUCGCUUCCUCGAGAAAGAGUUCAACGCUCCAGCGGCACACCUUCCUUGUGGUCAGGCAAGUGACUCGGCACAUUUGGAUAACGAGCGUUUGAGAGUAAGCAAUCUGUACAAAAGCCGGGAAAUCUUUAGGCAGGUGUUCAGAGAGUUGCCGCGGAAGUAG